AUGGCUUCUGCGCAGACGGGCUCGUCCUCCCAAGUCCUUCCGUCGCCAUGGCCGGCAGACACAAUGGCUCCAGUGGGCUAUCUCAGUCGCAAGGCACUCCCCAUAAAACGCGCAGAUGCAGAACCAUUGACUCGAGAAGAUGUACAGUAUGAUCUCCUGCACCACAUAUUCUCAAACCCCAAAGCCGUCUUCACCAGCGCAACAUCGGGCAAGACGAAGAAGGUUACAUUCUCCGAGCUCUAUGUGGCCGCCCUAUCCAACUCCAACAAGUGCUCCAAGGUGCUCAAGGAUAAAAUGAAGGAGACUCCGGCGUUUGCACUGGAACUGGCGAAGAUCUCGCUCCUGACCAAUGUCGGGCGAAUUAAUACAACCAUGGCUUUUUUCCCGGAAAUGAAGACGGCAUUGAGAACAUACCACCCAGUUCCCUCCCUCCAGAAAACAGACGGCAACGCUCAGGACGCUCCGAGGAUUAAGAAUUGUUUAAAGGCUGCGCUGUUGCCUUCGGAGAUAAGAAACAUGCCUCCCUCCACUCCUGAGGAAAUCCUCAACAAACUUCGUGCAGGCCAGAAACCGCCGACGAGCGUAGUAAAUCUGGUGUUCGUUUUGGCUACUCACUCCGCCCCCUUAGCCAGUGUACACUUCGAUGGUUCCUUCAAUUUCUUGGAUCUUUUUCUUCCACGGAAUCUAUCCUCCUCAGAUCGCGCACGGACAUUUCUUUGGCUUAUAUAUUACUACUUAGAAGACCCGGAUCCACCCAACCCCUUCGAUGACGACUACUCCCGCGACAACCCCGACAAGGCCCCACUGCCCCGGGUACUCUCUGAGGAGGAGAUGAACGAAGAAAACAUCGACUCCCCAGAGGAGAUCGCCUGGGGCAACAUGAUGUCGACGCAACGUAACGCCUUCCUCCAAAAAUUAGUAUCGACAAUGGAACACGACAAGAAGGUCAGGUCUUCUGCGCCGCACUUCGUCCCAGAACCAGAAGCAGAGACUAGCGUGGUCACAAGGCGAUCUCGUACAAGACAUGGGCUAGAAACCCCGAAGGACGAAGCGUCCUUCAUGUAUUAUGUCCCUAGCAGAGAAUCAGCCCCUCCGGGACCUCUACAAAAAGAUCCUUCGCCCAAGCUAUUGCCACGAGGCCCUCGUGAAGAUCGUUCGAUGCUUCAACAUGCUUGGCAUAUUAUGAAAAACGCUGACCCCUUAGUGGACUCCGACGAAGAAUUCGCUGAUGAGCACACACGAACUGAUUAUACCCGGCGCCUAGAUGUGCUUGCGACGGUUCAGAGGACCCUCCCGUCCCCGAGGUCCUUUCUCCUGGCCCCGGACAAGCACCGAGCCAACAACGCAUUGCGAUGA